AUGGAGCUGAAAUGGCUACUGUAUGUGACCCUGCUCGCUCUUGGGACUCUUGCUGUCCAGGCACAUGAUAUGGAUGAUGACAAUGAUGGUGAUGAUGUAGUUGAUAUUGAGGAUGACUUGGAUGAUGGCAUUGAGGAGGUAGAAGAGUCAAAGCCUGAAACGAGCACUCCUCCUCCAACUCCAAAGGUUACCUACAGGCCCCCAGUCCCAACCGGCGAGGUGUAUUUUGUGGAGUCCUUUGAUAAAGGAACUCUGGAUGGAUGGAUCCUUUCCAGAGCCAAAAAAGAUGAUACAGAUGAUGAGAUUGCCAAAUAUGAUGGUAAAUGGGAAGUCCAAGAUAUGAAGGACACUAAGCUUCCAGGAGACAAAGGGCUUGUAUUGGUAACCCGAGCUAAGCAUCAUGCAAUUUCAUCCAAACUUUCGAAGCCUUUUGUAUUUGAUACCAAACCCCUUAUUAUACAGUAUGAAGUAAACUUCCAAAAUGGAAUAGAGUGUGGCGGGGCCUAUGUGAAAUUGCUGUCAAAAACCCCUGAAUUGAACCUGGAUCAGUUCCAUGACAAAACUCCAUAUACUAUCAUGUUUGGCCCUGACAAAUGUGGAGAGGACUAUAAAUUGCACUUCAUCUUCCGGCACAAAAACCCAAAGACUGGCAAAUAUGAGGAGAAGCAUGCAAAGCGUCCAGAUGCAGACCUGAAGACUUACUUCACUGAUAAGAAGACCCAUCUUUAUACUCUGGUCUUGAAUCCUGAUAAUAGUUUUGAAAUACUGGUUGAUCAAACAGUUGUCAACAGUGGGAAUUUGCUAAAUGAUAUGUCUCCUCCUGUGAAUCCACCCCGAGAGAUUGAGGACCCGAAUGACCAGAAGCCUGAGGACUGGGAUGAGAGACCAAAAAUCCCAGACCCAGAUGCUGUUAAACCAGAUGACUGGGAUGAGGAUGCUCCUGCAAAGAUUGCAGAUGAAAAUGCUGUGAAACCAGAGGGCUGGCUGGAUGAUGAACCAGAAUAUGUAGCGGACCCUGACGCUGAGAAGCCUGAAGAUUGGGAUGAGGAUAUGGACGGUGAAUGGGAGGCACCUCAGAUUGCAAAUCCUAAAUGUGAGACAGCCCCUGGCUGUGGUACCUGGCAGCGACCAAUGAUUGACAAUCCAAACUACAAAGGCAAAUGGAAGCCUCCUAUGAUUGAUAAUGUGAACUAUCAGGGUAUAUGGAAACCUAGGAAGAUCCCAAACCCGGAUUUCUUUGAAGACUUGGAACCUUUCAAGAUGACUCCCUUCAGUGCUGUGGGACUUGAGUUAUGGUCCAUGACUUCUGACAUCUUUUUUGACAACUUUAUCAUCUGUACGGAAAGAGCUGUGGCUGAUGACUGGGCCAGUGAUGGAUGGGGACUGAAAAAGGCAGCUGAUGGGGCUGCAGAGCCUGGUGUUGUGGGCCAGAUGAUGGCAGCUGCUGAAGAGCGUCCCUGGCUUUGGGUAGUCUACAUCCUCACUGUGGCUUUGCCAGUGUUCCUUGUUGUCCUUUUCUGCUGUUCUGGGAAGAAACAGCCAAGUGCUGCAGAAUACAAAAAGACUGAUGCUCCUCAGCCUGAUGUGAUGGAUGAGGAGAAAGAGGAAGAAAAAGACAAAGGGGACAAGGAAGAGGAGGAGGAGGAGGAAGCAAAUGAGGAAAAGCUAGAAGAGAAGCAGAAAAGUGAUGCUGAUGUAGGAAGUGCUAGCCAAGAGGAGGAGGAAGAGGAGGAGGACGAGGACAGGAAACCUGCAUCAGAGGAAGAGGAAACUGUGAAUAGAUCACCUAGAAACAGAAAGCCAAGGAAAGAUUGAAAAAAGUCGUAAGAACUUGAUCUGUGAUUUUUUUUUUUUUUUUUCAAACAUGGUUCUGGGAGAGGACCUUGGACACCUUACAUUGAAACUUGGACAAACCUCAAGAUUUCACCAUCCACAGGUUCCAGUCACACUAUCCAAUGUAAUGGUGUGUCUAGCAGUAAAGUAUUUGCAAUCAUCUGUUUUAAAGAACAUCAUUCCUGUAGAAAGAAUGCGUUUAAUAUAAUGGGCUGUGGAUUUUGGAAUGUAACAUAACUAACCUUUUCAUUUUUGGUUUUAAAUAUUCUUUUCUGUUAAGUAGAUUGGUAGAACUUUUCUGGUGUCAAACCUUGGCUUAAUUUAAUAUAUUAAUUAGUGAAAAAUAACAAUAUUGAAAGUGCUAGGUGAUAAAAAUGCAGUUUUAUAACUAGUUUUUUUUACAAAUAUGUAAAUUCCUAAAUGCACCAAUGUCUUUAUAUCCCUUUAAAAUUUGAUAAUUGUUUAAAGAAAAGUUGUCAAUGUAUUUGACAACCCCUCUGCCCACAAAAGAAAAGAAG